UAUCUCAAAUUUACUCCGAUUUUGAGGUCUCGCCGGUCUCCAAUCUCUCAAAGCUUGGUUUCCCCUCAAUUUCUCUCUGUCCGUAGCGUUGCUAACCUGUUUCCUUUGCAGACUUUCCCCCUCAACACCCCUCCCAAACCCUAACCCUAAAACCCAUCUUCCUCACCCACAGCAGGUUAACAGGUAUGUCGAAUUUUUCUGAAUCUCGCCGCUUUGGUCUUUUAGUUUUUGAUUCACGGUGGGAGGAGUGAAACCCUAAUCGGAUUUAAAGUGAUUCGUGCUGUUUCAAAAUCGUUUGCCACUUUGGAUAGAUUGGUCGCGUGCUUUUCAAGUGGAUUAGAUCUGUGUGCUUUGUCUGUUGUCUGACGCUCGCUUUGUUCGGUACUGACUUCCAAGAUCUGUGAUUUUAGACCAUGGGAGAAACAAGGGACAACGAUGCCUAUGAGGAGGAGCUUAUCGAUUACGAGGAGGAUGAGGAGAAAGCCCCUGAUUCCGUCGCCGCCAAAGUCAACGGCGAAGCUGCCAAGAAGUAAGUUACUUCAGUGCGUUGCUUAAGUAUCUGAUAGGCUGAUUCUAUGACCUUACACAUGAUGAUUAUUACCCUUUUUCAGCUUCGUAGAGUCUGUCUGCUGAGUUAACUAUUGGUUAGGAGGCCAGUUUCUCAAUUACUGCUGUCCUUAUUUCAGGGGAUACGUUGGAAUACACAGUUCCGGAUUCAGAGACUUCCUUUUGAAGCCAGAGCUCCUUCGGGCAAUUGUGGAUUCUGGUUUUGAGCAUCCUUCUGAAGGCAAGACUUUCUUUUUACCGAGUUAUAUUUGUUUGGGACCUCGUAUGUUUAACUAGUUAGACUUGCAAUCUUAGAUUUCGAUGUUGGAAGAUGUUUAACAAUAUGUUUCAAGUAGGUCACUGGCUCUGUGGAGUCCCUAUUAUUUCGAGCUAUUUAGGUUUACUUUCAUGAGAUGAACUGCCACUUCGCUAAUGUCUGCAGCUAUUUCAGUGUCUGUUAGUUGCAUUUGAAUAGAUCUUUGGUGCCUGGCUCAUCCUUUAACUGUUUAUUUCUCAAUGGCAUUUUAAGGCUCACAUCUAGCUUUCUCUUUUAUUUUCAGGUAAUAAAUAACUAUCAUAAUCUUGAUUUUGGAGCACUAUUCUGGUUUGGUAACACCCUUCAAUUAUCCAUCCGGGAAGGUUUGUAUACUUACGAGGGGUACCUUCGGUCCGAUUUUCUUUCGUUCCUCAUCAGUUCAACAUGAAUGUAUUCCCCAAGCCAUCUUGGGUAUGGAUGUUAUCUGUCAAGCCAAAUCCGGAAUGGGCAAGACUGCUGUUUUUGUUCUGUCUACUCUACAACAAAUUGAGCCAACUUCCGGUCAAGUCAUUGCCCUUGUUCUGUGUCAUACAAGAGAGCUGGCUUACCAGAUCUGCCACGAGUUUGAGAGGUUCAGUACCUACUUGCCUGAUACCAAGGUUGCAGUCUUUUAUGGUGGUGUCAACAUCAAGACUCACAAGGAUCUUCUGAAAAAUGAAUGCCCUCACAUUGUUGUCGGAACCCCUGGUAGAAUACUGGCUUUGGCUAGAGAGAAGGAUCUUUCUUUGAAGAAUGUCCGACAUUUCAUUCUGGAUGAAUGUGACAAGAUGCUUGAAUCACUUGAUAUGAGGAGAGAUGUGCAGGAGAUCUUCAAGAUGACCCCUCAUGACAAGCAGGUCAUGAUGUUCUCUGCCACUCUGAGCAAAGAAAUCCGCCCAGUAUGCAAGAAGUUCAUGCAAGAUCCAAUGGAAAUUUAUGUCGACGAUGAAGCCAAGUUGACCCUUCAUGGUCUAGUACAGCACUACAUCAAAUUGACUGAGCUGGAGAAGAACCGUAAGCUGAAUGACCUUCUGGAUGCCUUGGAUUUUAAUCAAGUUGUUAUCUUUGUCAAAAGUGUGAGCCGUGCUGCUGAGCUGAACAAGUUGCUGGUGGAGUGUAAUUUCCCUUCAAUUUGCAUCCACUCUGGAAUGUCUCAGGAGGAAAGGUUGACUCGAUACAAGGGAUUCAAGGAGGGUCAUAAGAGGAUUCUUGUUGCCACAGAUUUGGUUGGUAGAGGAAUAGACAUUGAAAGGGUCAACAUCGUCAUAAACUAUGACAUGCCUGAUUCAGCGGACACCUAUCUUCACAGGGUUGGACGAGCUGGUAGGUUUGGUACAAAGGGUCUUGCAAUAACAUUCGUCUCUUCAGCUUCCGACUCGGAUGUUCUCAAUCAGGUUCAGGAAAGGUUUGAGGUGGACAUUAAAGAACUUCCUGAACAAAUUGAUACAUCCACAUACAUGCCGUCGUGAUGGGAAAAGCUUGUACUUGGAAGCGAUUGAUUUUGAAGGAAGGCCUAACCGCGCAUCCGGGAUGGUGUGUUUCCUUUGGGAGCUGGAAAUGUGAUUGUACUAUGUAGCUUUGUGCUUUGUUGUUUUCAUCUCGUUGGCCUAAAGAACGGAGUAGUGAGAAGUGGAUGUUGGUUCUAUCGUUAUGAGUGUAGGGGGUGAUGAAACUUGAUUAGUAGUUGUAGCUCUUCACCAAUCAUUUCGGAAUUUUUCGGCCUAUCAAGUAUCAUUCUGUGAGUUGUGUACUAAAUUUAGAUAAUGAGGUUAUACAUUAGUUGAUUUUCAAUGCGUGUUAGUUUGCACUAUUGGUAAGAAUGUGUUUUGAGAACGCAUUUUCGUUGCAUUUUUGUAAGCAAUUAUGUGCGUUUUCGGUGGUGGGAGUACGGUUUGACAGGUGUUGCCAACGGUGGUGAUGGUUCCAUGGGCAAACAUUAGACAAACAAAGUUUGUGAUCUGACUCAGGUUGGUGGUGGUAAAUGCCCAUUUGGUCACUGAGAUUACUAAAUCGUGUCAUGUUCAGUAAUUAGAAAAAUUUUAAUAUAAAUUGUAGUCAUUAGAAUCACUGAAAAAGUUAACAUUUGGUCACUCAAAUUAUUGGAAUAUGUCACAUUUAGUCACUCCAAUUACUAAAAUGAUAAUAUUUAGUCACUCUCCCGUUAGUUUCCGUCCAACUCACCGUUAAUUUUCGUCAAACUAAUUGAGUUGGACGGAAACUAACGGGAGAGUGACUAAAUGUGACAUGUUUCAGUAAUUUGAGUGAUCAAAAUUUAUAUUAAUUUUUUUUUCUAAUGAUUAAACAUGAGAUGAUUUAGUAAUCUCAGUGACCAAAUGUGGUAUAUACUCGUUUGUGAAUUGUUUUUUCUUUGGGCUUGCCCAUUUUCAAUCGAAAUGUACCUUACGAAAGACAUUGUGAUGUGGCCACGAGGUUGUUGGGGUUUUGAAAUUGGUUUGAAUGGGAAACGCGGUAGGGGUGGACAACGGGACGAGAUUGGGUAUCCAUCCCGUUUGAAAUGGGUACCUAAUUCCAUUUGGAGAAGAAAUUUCAUCUCAUGUCCCAAACACAUACGGGUUAAUGGGUACUCAUUAUCCGUAAGGGAUAAUGGGCACCCGCGGGUACCCAUAAACUUGUGUGAUUUUCGUUAUUGAUUUUUUAUUGGCGGUAAAAUUGGCGUAGGAAUUCAGUUUAUUGAAUCGAAUUGUAGUGAACCUAUUGCUACUGAUUUAUACAAAAUGAAGAGAGAAAGCAUUGGGCUUUCAACUGGUCCAUGCAUGCAGUAGUGGAAUUCUUUCUAUUAAAUCUACACAUAAUAUAAUACACCGAAGGGAAAAACGGGAGCCCCAUUUCAAAUUUCCUGCAACGAGAGUGAAAGUAGGAAGGACAUUUUGGUCUUCACAAUUACUUUUUUUUAUUCAUUAAAAAAACACAUACUGGGAUUCGAACCAUGACCAUUUUAAAGAAAAGCAAGGAUAAUAACCAAUCACACUAAGCACAUUUGUUGUAUGUUUUUAAAUUUAAAACAUAUAAUAGCAGGGAGGAAAAAAUCCUUCCCCCAUUUCAAAUUCCCUACUCCAUGAGCGUUUGUAGGAAUGGUAGAAUAGGGAGUGUCAAUUUUUUUUUCUCUUUCCUCUGUGGAACGAGCCAACUUACCGUACACAUGUGAAUUUAAACCGGUCCAGGAGUGUCAAUUUUUUUUCUUUAAGCCAUUUUAUUUUUCCGUGGUGACAAAAUAUAUAUGAAAAGGUAAUAAUAACACUCCUUUUUAUUGUUAAAAAUAAAACAUUUAACAAUAAACUAAUGCAUGGUAUCUAAUGGGCUAACCGCCAACCAUAAAAUAAAAGAGUUGAAUGUGCCUGACCUACAUGGGAUUUGGCCAUCAAGUAAAAUAAAUGAACAUCAUUGGU